UUCACCAUGAAGUUCCUCGCCGCCGUCACCCUGUUCGCCUCCGCGGCCAUGGCCGCCCCCAACCCGGAGCCCUGGUGCUACCGAAUCGGCGAGCCCUGCUGGAAGCUCAAGCGCACGGCCGAGGCCUUCAACCUCGCCGUCCGCUCCCACGACCUGACCACGCGCGCCACGGGCGAGGCCAUCCCCGACGAGGUCGCCCUGUCCGCCAUCCAGGGCCUCGACCAGCUCAAGGCUCUGAUCCUGGUCUCGACCGAGGACCCCAGCGCCCUCGUCAACGGCACCGAGCCCGAGUCCAAGCGCGACGUCGAGGAGGAGAAGCGCUGGUGCUACCGCAUCGGCGAGCCCUGCUGGAAGGCCAAGCGCACCGACGAGAUCGCGGAGGAGAAGCGCUGGUGCUUCAUCCUCGGAAGACAGUGCUGGAAGACCAAGCGCGUCGCCGAGGCCGUCCUGGGCGCCACCAUUGAGGGCGACGAGAAGCGCAGCGUCGAGGCCGAGGGCAACGCCGACGAGAAGCGAUGGUGCUACCGCAUUGGCCAGCCUUGCUGGAAGGCCAAGCGCGACCUCGAGACCAUCCAGGAUGUCGCUCGCAGCGUCAUCGAGUCCAUGCAGUAA